AUGGAAACCCGCGGUGGCCGUGGUGAUGCAGGAAUGGACCCGAUGGUAACCGUGGUUGGUCCUAGACUCGCUAUGGAACCAGUUGUGACUUAUGCAUGCUGUACUUGGGCUACAACAGCAGGAGAUGAGAAUAAACUUAAUAUAUUUGAAAGGAAGGUGUUAAGAAAAAUCUAUGGUCCCGUAUAUAAUCCUGAUACCCAAGUGUGGGAGAGAAGGUCAAACGAACAAAUACAACAAUUAUAUGGAAAAGGAAAUAUAGUACAAUUUGUAAAAGGCACUAGGAUGGAGUGGGCUGGUCACGUUUGGAGAGCGGAUAAUAGUAUUGUCAAGAAGGUAAUUGUAAACAACUUAAACAGGAAAAGACCUCGCGGCAGACCGAAGCAGCGUUGGAUAGAUGCAGUCAAAAGAGAUAUCCAGGAGUUAAGACCAGAUUGGCAUGGAGACCUAAUGCAUGCAUAUAAUAGAGAAGAGUGGAAGAAUUUGAUAUUGGCAGCAAAGGGCCUAAAUGGCCUAUAA